UGCCGGCGGGUUUAUUAAAACCGGCCGGUUGGAAGCGAAAUACCGGUUGCACAGUCAAUAUCGGCCGGCACGUGAAAAGCCGCUGGAUUCAGACACCGUUCCGGAUCAGACGCGAUAUCCGGCUUUUCCGAUCCUACCGUCCGUAUAAUUUACAAGACUAAAGGAAUGGCUCGUGGAGGGAGUUCUUCUAAUAUGGAGCGCUCUCGAACUUCUCAUCCUUGCCAAGGUCAUCAGAAGAAGAAAAGCAAAUCUGUGUCAAAGGAAGUAUUUGUUGAAGAACCACAUCCACCAUCACUCUCUCCC